AUGACAGCUGCGGCCGCUGACCCGCCAUACUGGCUGAAGGACAUUCAGAAGCAGGGUUAUGCGGCUUUCAACCCCAACCCAAGCGGCUACAGAGUCUUCCGAAAUGUCAUGGACUAUGGAGCUAAAGGCGACGGCGUCACUGACGACACGGACGCAAUCAACCGUGCCAUCUCGGACCAGAAUCGAUGUGGACCGUGGGUGUGCGACUCCAGCACCACGACACCCGCCAUCAUUUACUUCCCCGCUGGUACCUACAUCAUCAGCAAAUCCAUCAUUAUGUACUACAUGACCCAGAUGCAUGGCAACCCCAACAGCCUUCCCGUCCUCAAAGCGACUCCUGGGCUCACUGGACUCGGCGUCAUCGAUGCCAGCAAGUAUAGCGAUGUCAAUGGCGAGCCUGGAUGGAUCUCUACGAAUAUCUUCACGCGACAGAUCCGGAAUUUUGUAAUUGACCUGACCGCCAUUCCGCCUGAUAGGGAUGCCAAGGGCAUUCACUGGCCAGCUUCUCAAGCGACCAGCCUUCAGAAUGUCAAGGUGGUAAUGACUCGGGCUGCAAAUUCCAAGCAUACUGGUAUCUUCGUUGAGAACGGAUCUGCUGGUUACAUGGUCGAUGUUGAGACCAUCGGUGGCUAUAUCGGCUUGGAAGUCGGCAAUCAACAGUACACCAUGCGUGGAAUCAAGGUCUCUGGAGCUGUGAUUGGCAUCAGGCAAAUCUGGAACUGGGGCUGGCUCUACCACGGUAUCACUAUUUCGGACUGCAAUACCGCUUUUUCCAUGUCCAAUGUGGACCAGGGCAAACAGCUGGUGGGCUCCGUCGUCAUCGCUGAUAGUGACAUCAUUAAUUGUCCGACUUUUGUGGAUAUGGCCUGGUCGUCCGGGUCUCAACCCAUUGGAGCCGGACAACUCAUCUUGGAAAACAUCGCUCUGACCAACGUUCCCGUUGCAGUUAAGGGUAAUGGAGCUACUGUCCUCGCGGGAGGUACCACACGAAUUGCUGCAUGGGGCCAGGGAACUCGGUAUACGCCAGACGGACCGCAGAGAUAUCAAGGCGCCCUUACACCAGCAAGGCGACCAGCGGGCCUUCUCAACGGCGACCGGUACUAUACCAAGUCGAAGCCACAGUACGAGCAACUCCCAGUCUCAAGUUUCCUCAGUGUUCGCACCCUGGGCGCAAAGGGAGAUGGCAGAACUGACGACACUGCUGCUGUUCAGAAUGCCAUCAAUCGAGCAGUCGCCGAGGGAAAGGUCCUUUUCUUUGACCACGGUGUGUACAAAGUAACGAACACCAUCUAUGUCCCGCCCAAUGCCCGCAUGGUCGGUGAGACGUAUUCGGUUAUCAUGGCCUCUGGUGCUGCGGGCAACUUCCUGGACUGGAGCAAUCCACAAGCAGUAGUACUGAUCGGCAGACCUGGCGAAAGCGGCAGCAUUGAAUGGUCGGACAUGAUCGUCUCAACACAAGGCCGUACCCCUGGCGCAAAGCUCAUCGAAUACAACCUCAACAGUGCACGAGGCUCUGGCCUGUGGGAUGUCCAUACCCGCAUUGGAGGAGCCGCUGGAACCGAUCUUCAAGUCGCCAAUUGCCCGACCUAUACUGUGAAGAAUGAAUGCAUGGUGGCUCACACAAACGUGCACGUUACGAAGCAUGCGCGAGGAGCGUAUUUCGAGAACAACUGGUUCUGGACUGCCGACCAUGAUCUUGAUGACGCAGACAGCACUCGAAUUUCUGUUUUUGCCGGCCGUGGUAUGCUCAUCGAAGGGUCAAACAUCUGGAUGUGGGCUACCGGCUCUGAGCAUCACACUCUGUAUCAGUUUCAGUUGUACGAAGCUGCAGACGUGUUUGCAGGCUUCAUCCAGACAGAGACACCCUACAUGCAGCCAGUACCUGAUGCGAAGUCGCAGCCUUACCCAGCCGAUUACGAUACUUAUCACGAUCCCAACUACGCAGCUGUAUGCGUCCCAGGUCAAAUCUGCGACGCGUUUGCGCUCAGAAUAGUCAACUCGCGCUCCAUCCACGUCUAUGGAGCUGGGUUGUACUCAUUCUUCAAGAACUACGACGUCUCGUGCAGUAGCCCCGACGCGCCGAAUGGAUCAAGAGACUGCCAGCACCGCAUCUUCACCAUUGAGGGCAGCUCAUCGGACAUAUUGAUCUACACCCUGAGCGAGGUGGGCGCGACGGAGAUGGUGACGAUCGAUGGCGUCGACAAGGCUAAAUGGAGUGACAAUCUGAGCGUCUACAGCAACACCAUCGGGCUGUUCACCUACCGAGUUUAG